ACAGGGAUUGCUCAAAGCCAUGAGGUCAGCCAGCAUGCAGCUAGAAUGGGUGAUACCAUGGCUCAGCCUUUGCCUUGGCCUAUCAGCAGCCACCAUUGUCACGGUUCAGGACACUGGAAAAAUUCCAGUAAUUACAGUAGUGAGCCCAUCUCACAACAACCAGUUCUGCAGCACAUGGGGAAACUACCACUUUAAGACAUUUGAUGGGAAUUUGUUCAGGCUUCCAUCCACUUGCAGCUACAUCUUUGCAUCCCAGUGUAAGGCAGACUACAACAGUUUCAACAUUGAGCUCCAACGACAGGAGUCCGAUAUGGUUACCACCAUAAAGAAAGUCACAAUGAAACUGGAUGGUGAAGUUGUGGAAUUAGGCAAUGGAUUCAUCAAAAUCAACAAUGAACCUGCUAAAAUACCCUUCAGUCGGGGUGGCAUUUCAGUAGAAAGCAUUGCAUCCUAUGUUAAAGUUCAGGCAAAGCUGGGAUUGGUCUUAAUGUGGAAUCAAGAAGACUCCCUCUGGGUUGAACUGGAUGCAAAAUUCAGAAAUCAAACUUGUGGUCUGUGUGGUGACUUCAAUGAACUGAAUAAUGAGUUCACAAAUUCAGAUACAGGGGCUUCUUACUGUAUUGAAGAAUAUGGGGACAAGUGGAAAAUCAGUGGUCUGUCUGACAAUUGUGAGACCACGUCCUUUAAAGCUAAAGAGUCAUGUGAAGUUCCGGAAGAUCUCUGCCAGAAACUGAAGACUGAAAGUGCAUUUGACAGUUGUCAAGGCCUGAUUGAAACCGAGUCCUUCAUUGACGCCUGUAAGGAAGAUCUGUGCUCCUGUGUCAGCAAUGAUACGUCUUGUGUGUGUGCGACCAUGUCAGAGUACUCCCGUCAGUGUGCUCAUGCAGGCGGGACACCAGGGCAGUGGAAGAACCCAGAUUUCUGUGGAAAAUCAUGCCCCUUCAACCUGGAGUAUAAGGAAUGUGGUAAUCCCUGCAUGGACACUUGCAAAAACCAGGGCACAAACCAAGUGUGUAGUGAACACUGUGUUGAUGGAUGUUUCUGUCCAUUUGGGACUGUGUUGGAUGAUGUCACACAUACUGGGUGCAUCACUGUUGACAACUGCAGCUGCCUGCAUAAUGGAGAAAUAUACCAACCGGGGCAAUCCUACUCCGGGCCAUGCAAGAGCUGCACCUGCAAAAAUGGUGAGUGGAUCUGUAAUCUUAAAGACUGCCCUGGUGUUUGUUCCAUCCUGGGUGGCUCUCACAUCACCACCUAUGACGAUAAAACGUAUAUGUUUCACGGAGAGUGUUCUUAUGUUCUGACAAAGGAAAUCAAAGGGACUUUCAGCCUUCAAGGCGACUUGGCUAAAUGUGAAAAAUCUGAUAAAUCAACUUGUCUGGCUUCAAUCACUCUACUACUGUCAGAUCAUGUGAUUGUUAAAAUUGAUGCCAGUGGGCAGGUCUUUUACCACACACUGCUCACUCAGCUUCCUCUCUUUUUGGAUGAUAUCACAAUUUUCCACCCAUCUACAUUCUUUCUUGUAAUGCAAACCACCUACGGGCUUGAUGUUGAGAUUCAGCUCACACCUGUUAUGCAGGUCUACAUCAAAGCCAGUGUAUCUAAUAAAGGAAAACUCGUCGGUCUGUGUGGAGAUUUUGAUAACGAUGGAUCACAGGACUUCAAAACAACCUCCGGUAUAAUUGAAAAAACAGCUUGGACAUUUGCCAACACAUGGAAAACCAAGUCAAACUGCCCUGACGUGACAAAUAUACUCGGGGACCCCUGUAGUUUGAGUACAGAAAAGGAGGAAUAUGCCAAACACUGGUGCUCCCAGCUGUCAGACCCAAAAGGUGUUUUUUCACCGUGCCAUCCUGUGGUACACCCAGUAGAGUAUCAACUUAAUUGUAUUUAUGACACCUGUGCCUGUGAAAAAAGUGAGGAUUGCUUGUGUGCUGCUUUAUCCGCCUAUGUUCAUGCAUGUGCUAUUGAAGGCGUAUUAUUGACUGGAUGGAGGAACAACACAUGCCAGAAAUACACAAAUGACUGCCCACCUACUUUUGUGUAUGACUACAAAAUGACAAGCUGCGGUCGCACCUGUCGCUCUCUUAGUCAGUCAGAUUUAACAUGUGGGGUUGAUUUUACUGAGCUUGAUGGCUGUGGCUGUGCUGAAGGAACUUAUCUAAAUGAGAAGAACGAGUGUGUGUUACCCUCACAAUGUUCCUGUUACGCUGGAGACACAGUGGUGCAUCCCGGGCAGGUUACUACACUCAGUAAUGGACAGAUUUGCUCUUGCUAUGGUGGAGAAUUAACCUGUUCAGGAAAACAAGUGAUUCAAACAUGCACAAGCCCAAUGGUUUUCCUCAACUGCUCAAAUGCAAAGCCGGGAGAAAAGGGAUCUGAGUGCCAAAAAAGCUGCCAGACACUGAACAAACAAUGUAUCAGCACAGAGUGUAUCUCAGGAUGUGUAUGUCCUGAUGGCCUGCUAUCAGAUAAUAAUGGAGGCUGUGUAAAGCAGGAGGACUGCCCCUGCCCAUAUAAUGGACAAUACUAUACACAUGGACAAUCUGUUAAAGUGGACUGCAAUACAUGCACAUGCAAAAGCAGCAUAUGGGAAUGUACAGGUCAAGACUGUGGUGGAACCUGUACCAUUUAUGGAGCAGGGAAUUACAUCACUUUUGAUGAAUCAAGAUUUGCCUUUAGUGGAGGCUGUAGCUACAUCUUCACCCAGGAUUCCUGUGGAGGUGAGAACGGCACCUUUCAGGUACUGACUGAGAGCAUCCCCUGCGAAAAUGCUGAAAGCGUCUGCUCCUUUGACAUCACGCUCUAUUUAGGGAACAGUGAAAUUCGUCUCUCAGAUGAACAUAUCAAAGUUUUAAAAAAAAACAGUGGGGAAGAAAUACCCUAUCAAGUCCACACUUUGGGUUUAUAUCUCGUCAUUGAAGCGAAGAAUGGCCUUAUUGUCAUUUGGGAUAAAAAGACAACCCUCAUGAUAAAACUCAGAUCUACAUUCAAGGGCAAAGUCUGCGGUCUGUGUGGAAAUUUUGAUGGAAAUAUCAAGAAUGAUUUCACUACCAGAAAUAAAGAAGUUGUGGUUGAUCCCCUUAUAUUCGGAAACAGCUGGCAAGUGUCACCUAGCUGCUCAAGUGCACAAACUCCAAAGGAUGCAUGUACACUGUACUCACACAGACAGGCAUGGGCAGUGAAGCACUGCAGCAUUAUCAAGAGUGCAGUAUUUGAGGCCUGCUAUUCAAAGGUGGAUCCCCAACAAUAUUUUGAUGCCUGUGUGAGAGACACGUGUGCCUGUAAUUCAGGAGGAGAUUGUGAAUGUUUCUGUUCAGCUGUAGCAGCUUAUGCAGCAGCCUGUAAUGAGGCAGGAGUGUGCGUGAAAUGGAGAACUCCCACCAUCUGCCCUGUAUUCUGUGAUUAUUACAACCCUGAUGGACAGUGUGAAUGGCACUAUAAGCCUUGUGGAAGAUCAUGCAUGAAGACAUGCAGAAAUCCCUCUGGAAUAUGCUACAAUCAACUUCCCGCAUUAGAAGGCUGCUAUCCAACUUGCCCACCUGAAAGGCCUUAUUUGGAAGAAGAAACCAUGAAAUGUGUUGAUACAUGUGGAUGUUAUGAUGAUGAAGGGAAAUAUUACGACAAAGGGUUCAAAUUCUAUAUGACGCAUGAUGGAAAUGGAACCUGUUUCUCUGCUAUUUGUGAUGGAAAUAUUACAAGAAUAAUAGAGCCUUGUACAACUACAACUAUAUCUCCAACACCCUUUACUUUCACUUCUACAGUAACAACAACAGAGAGGCCCACUACAGAAACAUUUCAAACGACUUCUACUGUUAUAACAGAGGCUGUCACAACAAUUUUAACUCCCACAACACGAAUAACUUCUCCAUGGUCUAAAACAACACCAUUACGAACAUCGACAACGUCUCUACCAACUACAACCAUAAUACAAUGUAGAGCUAAAGUCCCAGAUAUGUCGCUAGAAGACUUAGGUCAAACUUUAGUAUGUGACCAACAAGAUGGACUUAUCUGUCAUAACAAAGACCAAGGUUUUCCUCCAAAAUGUAAUGACUAUGAAAUACGAGCUUUAUGUUGCCGUUAUACUUGUGAGCCUACCACAACAACCACUGUAUCUACAACAACAACAACCACAGGAACACCUCCCACAACAACCACCACAUUUUCACCUCCCACAACAACAACCACAGGAUCACUUCCCACAACAACAACCACAGGAACAACUCCCACAACAACGACAACAGGUUCACCUCCCACUACAACAACUACAGGAUCACCUCCCACAACAACAACCACAGGAACACCUCCCACAACAACCACAACUGGAACACCGCCAACAACAACCACAACGGGAACACCUCCCACAACAACAACCACAGGAACACCUCCCACAACAACCACAACUGGAACAACGCCAACAACAACCACAACAGGAACACCUCCCACAACAACAACAACCACUGGAACAACGCCCACAACAACCACAACAGGAACACCUCCCACCACAACAACUACAUUUUCACCUCCCACAACAACAACCACAGGAACAAUGCCCACAACAACCACAACAGGAACACCUCCCACAACAACAACCACAGGAACACCUCCCACAACAACCACCACAUUUUCACCUCCCACAACAACAACCACAGGAUCACUUCCCACAACAACAACCACAUUUUCACCUCCAACAACAACAACUACAAUUUCACCGCCCACAACAACCACAACAGGGACACCUCCCACAACAACAGCGACAGGAUCGCCUCCCACAACAACCACCACAGAACACUCCACAACAACAACCACAGGAACACCUCCCACAACAACAACCACAGGAACACCUCUCACAACAACCACCACAUUUUCACCUCCCACAACAACAACCACAGGAUCGCCUCCCACAACAACGACCACAGGGACACUUCCCACAACAACCACCACAGGAACACCUCCCACAACAACCACCACAGGAACACUCCCACAACAACUACCACAGGAACACCUCCCACAACAACAACCACUGGAACACCAAACAUCUCCCACGACAACCACAGAAACAACCACUACAACACCUUGCAAUGACUACGAGUGUACAUGGUCAUCCUGGAUCAACAAGAAUUAUCCCAGUAGUACUCCGGAUGGUGGAGAUUAUGAAUCCAUCGCUAACAUUACUGAUCUGGACCUGAGUGUGUGCACAAAACCUCUGAAGAUACAAUGCAGAGCUAAAGAUUUCCCAGAUAUGUCGCUGGAAGACUUAGGUCAAACUUUAGUAUGUGACCAAAAAGAUGGACUUAUCUGUCAUAACAAAGACCAAGGUUUUCCUCCAAAAUGUAAUGACUAUGAAAUACGAGCUUUAUGUUGCCGUUAUACUUGUGUGUCUACCACAACAACAACUGUAACCACAACAGGAACACCUCCCACAACAACAACCACUGGAACAACGCCCACAACAACCACAACAGGAACACCUCCCACAACAACAACUACAUUUUCACCUCCCACAACAACAACCACAGGAACACCUCCCACAACAACAACCACAGGAACACCUCCAACAACAACAACCACAGGAACACCUCCCACAACAACAACUACAUUUUCACCGCCCACAACAACAACCACAGGAACACCUCCCACAACAACAACUACAUUUUCACCUCCCACAACAACCACAACAGGUUCACCUCCCACAACAACAACCACUGGAACACCACCCACAACAACAACCACAGAACCUACAACAACUACAUUUUCACCUCCCACAACAACAACCACAGGAACACCUCCCACAACAACAACUACAUUUUCACCUCCCACAACAACAACUACAUUUUCACCUCCCACAACAACCACAACAGGGACACCUCCCACAACAACAGCGACAGGAUCCUCCCACAACAACAACCACAGGAACACCGCCCACAACAACCACAGAAACAACCACUACAACACUUGCAAUGACUACGAGUGUACAUGGUCAUCCUGGAGUAAUAAGAAUUAUCCCACUAGUACCCCAGAUGGUGGAGAUUAUGAAUCCAUCGCUAACAUUACUGAUCUGGACCUGAGUGUGUGCACAAAACCACUGAAGAUACAAUGCAGAGCUAAAGAUUUCCCAGAUAUGUCGCUGGAAGACUUAGGUCAAACUUUAGUAUGUGCACAAGAUGGACUUAUCUGUCAUAACAAAGACCAAGGUUUUCCUCCAAAAUGUAAUGACUAUGAAAUACGAGCUUUAUGUUGCCGUUAUACUUGUGUGUCUACCACAACAACAACUGUAUCCACAAAAAAAACAACCACAGGAACACCUCCCACAACAACCACAACAGGAACACCUCCCACAACAACGACCACUGGAACACCGCCCACAACAACCACAACAGGAACACCUCCCACUACAACCACCACAGGAACACCUCCCACAACAACCACAACAGGAACACCCCCAACAACAACUACAUUUUCACCUCCCACAACAACAACCACUGGAACACCACCCACAACAACAACCACAAGAACACCUCCAACAACAACAACCACAGGAACACCUCCCACAACAACAACUAUUUCACCUCCCACAACAACAACCACAGGAACACCUCCCACAACAACAACUACAUUUUCACCUCCCACAACAACAACUACAAUUUCACCUCCCACAACAACAACCACAGAAACAACCACUACAACACCUUGCAAUGACUACGAGUGUACAUGGUCAUCCUGGAGUAAUAAGAAUUAUCCCACUAGUACUCCAGAUGGUGGAGAUUAUGAAUCCAUCGCUAACAUUACUGAUCUGGACCUGAGUGUGUGCACAAAACCUGUGAAGAUACAAUGUAGAGCUAAAGAUUUCCCAGAUAUGUCGCUGGAAGACUUAGCACCUCCCACAACAACAACCACAGGAACACCUCCCACAACAACAACCACAGAAACAACCACUACAACACCUUGCAAUGACUACGAGUGUAUAUGGUCACCCUGGAGUAAUAAGAAUUAUCCCACUAGUACCCCAGAUGGUGGAGAUUAUGAAUCCAUCGCUAACAUUACUGAUCUGGACCUGAGUGUGUGCACAAAACCUGUGAAGAUACAAUGUAGAGCUAAAGAUUUCCCAGAUAUGUCGCUGGAAGACUUAGGUCAAACUUUAGUAUGUGACCAACAAGAUGGAUUCUGUCAUAACAAAGACCAAGGUUUUCCUCCAAAAUGUAAUGACUAUGAAAUACGAGCUUUAUGUUGCCGAACACCUCCCACAACAACCACAACAGGAACACCUCCCACAACAACGACCACUGGAACGCCCACAACAACCACAACAGGAACACCUCCCACUACAACCACCACUGGAACAACGCCCACAACAACCACAACAGGAACACCUCCCACAACAACAACUACAUUUUCACCUCCCACAACAACAACCACAGGAACACCACCCACAACAACAACCACAAGAACACCUCCAACAACAACAACCACAGGAACACCUCCCACAACAACCACCACAUUUUCACCUCCCACAACAACAACCACAGGAACACCGCCCACAACAACAACUACAUUUUCACCUCCAACAACAACAACUACAUUUUCACCUCCCACAACAACAACCACAGAAACAACCACUACAACACCUUGCAAUGACUACGAGUGUACAUGGUCAUCCUGGAGUAAUAAGAAUUAUCCCACUAGUACUCCAGAUGGUGGAGAUUAUGAAUCCAUCGCUAACAUUACUGAUCUGGACCUGAGUGUGUGCAAAAAACCGCUGAAGAUACAAUGCAGAGCUAAAGAUUUCCCAGAUAUGUCGCUAGAAGACUUAGGUCAAACUUUAGUAUGUGACCAAAAAGAUGGACUUAUCUGUCAUAACAAAGACCAAGGUUUUCCUCCAAAAUGUAAUGACUAUGAAAUACGAGCUUUAUGUUGCCGUUAUACUUGUGAGCCUACCACAACAACCACUGUAUCC